AUGGUGGCAAAAAUUGUCCGCAGUAUUGCAUGUCAUGAGGGUCCAACGCAGGACAUGUUCGUGAGUGUAAUGCCUCGACUCCUCGAAGCAGGAAUGAAAAAUUCGAUUCUGCCCGAGGAUGAGAACGCAGCUUUGGGAUUGGAGUUCAUCGGCACUGCCGCGGUCAUCAGAGUCGCCGAUUGGAGCAAUUUAUGUGCAUCGCAUAAUCUUGUGAACUGGAUGGGUGAACGCUUAAAGAGUCCUGCUGGCGAGAUUGAGCCAUUGCAGUUACAGGUAGUUGUGAUGUGCGGUACAAUGGCCCGACAAAUUGAUGCAGCUCGAAACUUAGUGCCACUUCUAGACGUUUUUCUUCAACUCCUCCAUACUAUGCAAGAGGAUGACGAAUUCGUGGUGCAGCUGCUUUACCUGUUUCUGCAACUGUUGCGACACCGUGAACUCGCUAAUCGGCUAAUGGGAUCAGACUCAGCAUUGGGAGCUUAUGUAAUCGACCUCAUGCAUGACAAGAAUCCAGCGAUUCGCGAGAUGUGUGACAAUGCCUUAGUGAUCAUAGGGGAGCAUUCCCAAGAAUGGGCUCGUCGCAUCGCUGGUGAGAGAUUCCGUUGGCAUAAUGCACAGUGGUUGGAUACAAUAGAAGGGGGUAUUGCGUGUGAUGAAGGCGCCGUAAUGGAUGACGACUAUGUGCCUGGCAUGAUGUUUGAUGAUCAGUACGAGGAUGGUUUUGAUCUCGCUGUUGAUGAGCCUUUGUUCUGA